GUCAACGUGAUAAUACAUAAUAUAAGUAGUUUUGUCAAUUUUUUUUACCAAGAUGCCAAAAAGCACCAUAGAAUUUACGAAAUCUAGUGAUAAUAGAGAAAAGAGCAGUAGCCGUGGUUCUGCCCGGCCUCCCCUCCAUUUUGCCAUCCACAAGCCUGGCUGCCACAUCGAGAGUUGCUGUGGCAUCUGCAAUCUAUUUCCUGGGGUUCUUCUGAUCGCCUUCUCUCAGAUUUUGGUGGGAUCAAUUCUUCUGAUGCUAAUUCUAACCCAUGGAAAGCAGUAUGACGAAGUGCAUCAGACUUCGGCAUCACAAAUAAUGAGUGUCACCACGGGUGUCGUACUGAGUGGAAUAACCGGUGCUGGAAUAUUGUUGCUUAUUGUGGCCCUCACAGAAAAUUGUCGCGCUAUGCUAGUAUAUUUGCUGGUGGCUACCCUUGUUUGGAUGGGACUAUUUUCGCUGGCGGUUACGAAAAUUGGACGCGGUUGUGUGCGAUUUAAAGAUGCUCUGAAAAUCAAAGACGAGCAGCACAAACUAGCUAAUUUAGCAUGCGUCAGCGGAUUAUUCACUUUCCUUGGAGCAGGUAAUGUUUUUUUUUUUUUUAAUUUUUUUCUUUUCUACUUAUUUACUACUAUAGAUAGAUCGAUACUCUUUAUUGUUUCCUUUCCAAAAGAUUACAUUAGUAAACGUACUAUAAAUACAAACAAUUACAAGAAAAUAUUACACUGAGAAAACAAUGGACGACCUUAUCGCUAAAAGCGAUCUCAUCCAGGCAACCUUCUGGAUGGAGAAGAGAGGCACGAAACUCUGUUCGUUUUUUAAAAUACAUAUAGAGAUAUAAUACGUACAAUAAUGUAAAUAUAUGUACAUUUUACAUUCAUUAUCGAGAUAUAUAUAGCAAG